GGAAGGAGUUGGCAAAGGGGCGGGGAGACGCGUGACGUAAUCUGCCUGCGCGCUGGGCGGGGCAGGGUGUGAGCCGGCCGCGGGCGCUGGGCGGGUCCGUGGCGCGGUCUGUCGGCGUCUGUUUUCUCGCUGGUUGGCGGCAACAACCAGCUCAGUUUAUAAAUCCAGAAACUCCUGGCUAUGUUGGAUUUGCAAAUCUCCCCAAUCAAGUUCACCGAAAAUCAGUGAAAAAAGGUUUUGAGUUCACACUGAUGGUGGUUGUUUCAGAAUAAGCCGUGCUGAUCCGGAGGGACAGAAAGCGGAUUGGUGUUUGCCUGCAGUGGAGACUGCAGAGGGUAGACUUCAUUUGCCUUACGGGAUUUCAGAGCAGUAUUGUGCAGUGAAGCUUCACUUGCUCACCAUACAUGUGAAUCAGGUCUAGGAAAAUCGACUCUCAUAAACAGCCUAUUCCUAACUGAUCUCUACCCAGAAAGAGUUAUACCUGGCGCUGCAGAGAAAAUUGAAAGAACCGUCCAAAUUGAGGCUUCAACUGUUGAAAUCGAAGAGCGAGGGGUCAAGCUACGCCUGACAGUGGUCGAUACCCCCGGCUACGGUGACGCCAUCAACUGCAGGGAUUGUUUUAAGACGAUCAUCUCCUAUAUUGACGAGCAGUUUGAGCGGUACCUGCAUGACGAGAGCGGCUUGAACAGGCGACACAUUGUGGAUAACCGAGUGCACUGCUGCUUUUACUUCAUUUCCCCUUUUGGACACGGACUUAAGCCAUUAGAUGUGGCGUUUAUGAAGGCAAUACACAACAAGGUGAAUAUUGUGCCUGUCAUUGCAAAAGCUGACACCCUCACCCUGAAGGAACGGGAGCGGCUGAAGAAAAGGAUUCUGGAUGAAAUUGAAGAACAUAACAUCAAAAUCUAUCACUUACCUGAUGCAGAAUCAGACGAAGAUGAAGAUUUUAAAGAGCAGACGAGACUUCUCAAGGCUAGCAUCCCAUUCUCUGUGGUUGGAUCCAAUCAGUUGAUUGAAGCCAAAGGAAAGAAGGUCAGAGGCCGCCUCUACCCCUGGGGUGUUGUGGAGGUGGAGAACCCAGAGCACAACGACUUUCUGAAGCUGAGAACCAUGCUCAUCACCCACAUGCAGGAUCUCCAGGAGGUGACCCAGGACCUUCAUUAUGAAAACUUCCGUUCUGAGAGACUCAAGAGAGGUGGCAGGAAAGUGGAGAACGAGGACAUGAAUAAAGACCAGAUCUUGCUGGAAAAGGAAGCUGAGCUCCGCCGCAUGCAAGAGAUGAUCGCCAGGAUGCAGGCGCAGAUGCAGAUGCAGAUGCAGGGCGGGGACAGUGAUGGCGGGGCUCUUGGGCACCAUGUUUAAGAAAACACUUUCCUGGGUAAAAAAGAACACAUUCCAGAUGCGUGACCCAGCGUGUGUUUCAUCAUCCGUGGGAGGCGCCAUCACAUUUGCAUGUGCCUGUGCCUGAGAAUUUAAUGUUUUUAAAUUUGAUUUUUUUUGUAUGAAGUACUUUUAACAUAUGUAUUUCAUUGCUGUUACACUCUGUAUUUUGCGAGGUGACCUUUUUCCUUUUCUUUCUCCCUAACCACUAACGUUAGAAUUGAUUUCCAAGAAUCAACAUGUAGAGCUAAUACUGAAUUUCUUUGAUUUAACUGACUAACCAUGAUGAGCACUCCUGAUUUGUAUCUAGAACAUUCAGAUUGACCCAUUGUGUUCCUGGGUGGUAGAGGCGUGUGCCUGGUGAUGGAGAAAGGGCCGCUGGCCUGAUGCAGGGUCGUUGCUGACCACGUCACACCGUGUCGAGACUCUGCUUUCUUGCUUUCUGUCUGUACACAACAUGUAAAGCCAGUUUCGCUGCUAUAAUUCAAACUGCAUUCGUCUGUGAGUUUAUUAUCUGCUAACCAAAUAAAACAGUAGAAUUACCUAAUGAGAUCCAUCUUUAUACUUAAAUUGCUUUUUUAGAGGUGAGUUUUAAAGAAGUCUCUUAAUUCAGAUGCUAGGUCGUUUUAAAACUACUGUGCAGAGAACUCACUGUAAGCCACAUGAUCUCCACUAAUACUGGUUAUCCUGUGCUACAGAGAAAAUCAAAAUAGUCACAACUAAGAUUCUUACCUACAAAAUGAGAUUCGGUAAACUCAACCAAAAUUAAAAAAAAAUUUAAGGAAAAUUGGCAGUUUACCUAUUCAGAAUCCAACCUUUCUGUAUUUUAUACUGCACUUUAGUGUAUUUUCUGUAACUGUAGAUAUAGAAGAUCUGCCUCCCCUGUGGAAAUUGGGGUCUGUCGGUGGGCAUGCCCCUGGAGCCUGGCUUGCCAUUGAACAGUGUCCGCAUCAUAAGGCCUUGGUGCCCUGAACCCCUGAUCUCUGAUGCCUACCAGGUUUUCCUGAUUUGGGUUUCCUUUAAAUAUUCCUUUUUUGCAUGAUUUUCUGAUGGGAGGAAAAUAGCAGUAAUCAUUUUUGUGUGUGCAGACUGUCUCAUUUGUUUUUAGCCAUUGUCAUUUUAUUCAUUUUGUGCAAUAACCAUGUGUCCUGUCAAAGUGGAAGACAUUUCAAGUCUGUAGUGUAGCUAGUAGGCAGGUGUGCACAGGCGAAGCCACACCUGGUCUGUUUUCUGUGCACUGUGGCCUCAGCCUCACCUUUCCUCCCUCCUGUCUCCCUGCUGCACGCUCCAGGUGUGCACAGGCAAAGCCACACCUGGUCUGUUUUCUGUGCACUGUGGCCUCAGCCUCACCUUUCCUCCUGUGUCCCUGCGGCACGCUCCAGGGGUUGCCUUUUUUUUUUUUUUUUAAUCAAUUACACUGAAGUUGGGAAAUUCAGCCGCAGAAAGUGACAGAUGAAAGGAGACAAUGGUUGUGUAGGAAGACGGAGAAAAUGCUUAAUCUGAGGAUGAGACAGGGUUUUUUGUUUUUUUUUGUGGGGGCUAGAGAAAACAUAAAGAGGCAGUUACAUAUUAGUUAUGAAGGUGUGCUACAGAAAAUAAUCUGGUGCUCUUGCUAACUGCCCCUUCACUGUUGCUUGCGAAUAGCCAAAAGCUGUAUGUUAUGGCUUAUUGUGUGAAGGUAACUAAGAAAAAGUGUUCCAUGACUUUAUAGAGUACAUCCAUGCAGAGUCCAUUAUUUGAGCUUUUGACAUUUAAUAACUUUGCUAGAAAAAUCUGUAAAAAAAAAAAAAAAAAAGAAAGAAAAAAGCAUUUGCAAGUGAUGAACUUAAGCCCCGUGUAUGUUUGCGCAAAAGUCCUACUUCAGGCACUCUGGUAAUGGCCAGCCGGAGGGAGCGCCCAUACUGCCGCACCUCUGAUCCCCUUUUGUUGUACUACCCAAACCUAAGUAUAUACUUUUGAUAAUAGGUACCUGCUCUUUUACUAAGAGAGAGUCUCUACCUGCAGAAAUGUAUUUUGAAAACACUUAUUUUACACAGCAGUUUUGUAUCCAUUUAAACUAACCUUUUAUCAAUAAAGCACUAUUGUUUACAUGUUGAA